AUGGCUCCAGACACACUAUCACUCGAGGGCAAAGUCGCCAUUGUUACUGGUUCCGGGAAAGAGAAUGGGAUUGGCGCAGGGAUCGCCUCCGCACUGGCACGCAAUGGUGCCAAAGUCGUCAUCAAUUAUGUCUCUGAUACAACCGGACCUCGGGCGGUCAAUGUCGCCGCGAAGAUUCGAGAGCAGGGAGGAGAAGCGAUCGUCGUGCAAGCAGACGUAUCGACCCAGGAAGGUACGGCCAGAAUCGUCAAAGAGACUCUCGAGACGUUUGGUAGUGACAAGAUUGACAUCCUUGUGAACAAUGCGGCAGUCGGGGCCUUCGGUCCCGCCACCAAGGCCAGCAAGGAGGACAUCGAGCGGACCUUUACCGCCAACGUAUAUGCACCGUUGUUCAUGAUACAGGCGACUGUCCCUGUCAUGCCACAGGGAGGCCGCAUCAUCAACAUCGGAUCGAUUGCGUCAAAGCUAGGCGUCGCUCCAAUCCCGCUCUAUGUUGCUUCCAAAGCCGCGCAGGAUGCUCUCACCUUUGCCAUGGCCAUGGAGUUGGGCCGGGAAUACGGAAUCACCAUCAAUUCGAUUGCGCCAGGUCCUGUGCCAACAGAUGGCAUGCCAAAAGGCCCCAUUGCCGAUGCUAUCCAUAAUAACCUUGUGCCAAUGACAAGAGCUGCCGAGCGAGUAGGAACGGUGGAGGAAAUUGCAGAUGCAGUUCUCCUUAUAGCCUCUGAGAAGAGCAGAUGGAUUACCGGACAGUUCAUCUCUGUCAGUGGUGGUAUCACUGGCGGGUAG